AUGGAUGAUAUGAAUGUGAAAGAGGAGGGUGGUGGUGAAGUUGAUAUUGAAAGUGGAUUAGUAAUAAUUGAAGAUGAUUCUUGUAAUACCAAAAUUUACUGUGAUUCUGUUGGAGAUUCUAUGAAAGAGGACGAUAGAAAUAGUGUUGUUUCCAUGGACAUGGUGAAAGUGACAACAAACAAGUUGUUGCCUGGGAAAGAGUCUGUGAAAAGUGUAGAGAAUUGUUUAGUUAAGGACAAGAGGAAAAAGUCUGGUAACAAAAAGGCGGCGAAACCUCCGCGAGCUCCACGAGGGCCGUCGUUGGAUGCUGCUGACCAGAAGUUAAUUAGGGAGAUAACUCAACUUGCUAUGUUGAAGCGUGCCAGGGUAGAGCGGAUGAAGGCGUUGAAGAAGAUGAAAGCGGCUAAAUCGUUGUCGCCGUCUCUGAGUAGUGGCGUGUUUUCGAUGGUUUUGACUGUUGUCUUCUGUAUUGUGAUCUUACUUCAAGGCAUGUCAUCAUCAUCUGUAAAAAGUGCAGUGACAAGUUUCCAGGGGUCUCCUGAAUCUGCAGGAGGAGACGAGGCUGGUCGUAUCGCAGUUCAACUUCAACACCAAUUGAAUCCAUCUUCAAUUGAACAUCGUGCACCUUCUUUAGAGUCUCACAAAGUUGUACAUGGUUCAUAUUUGCAUAGAAAGCUAAGAUGA